UCCCAUCCAGCGGUGCAGAUCAACUCCAACCAACAUACGACCCCUCGUCCUGCUCCUGUGACACAGAGACGCCAACAUGCUCUCGCUCCUCUUGUUGUUUGGUCUGGCUCUGGGUGCUGUGUCUUCUCCUGAUGUGAAGCUACAGCGUGGCAACUGUCCCAUGUUCUGGUACAGCUUCAACAGCCGCUGCUAUAAGUACGUCGCCACAGACAUGACCUGGGCUGAUGCAGAGAUCUUCUGUAUGUCAGAGGGAGCCCACCUGGUGUCCAUCCACAAUCAAGAUGAACAGAAUUUUGUCAGAUCCCUGAUCCAGAACUUUGACCAUGCUGAGGGACCAACCUGGAUUGGAAUCAGUGACGCCCACAAAGAAGGCACAUGGAUGUGGUCUGAUGGGUCUGCAGUCAAGUAUACCUAUUGGUAUACAGGCACGCCAGACAGUGGACAAACCCAAAACUGUGCUUACACCAACUGUGUCACACAAUGGAAUGACUAUGAGUGUUCUACCUAUUUUCCCUCUGUUUGUGCAUUUCCUUUAACCUGUCCUUGCAACUGAGACAGUAACAUACAUCUGAUUGAACCUGGUCACUGUUCACCUGUUUCUUUGUUGACAUGCAUGUGGCCUCCACAAUAAAGACACAAAUGUACACUA